AUGGCCUACCACAGAAAUACCUACCACAGAAAUACCACACUGGGGAAUAGUCUUCAGGAGAGCCUAGAUGAGCUCAUACAGUCUCAGCAGAUCACCACCCAACCACCCACCCAGCUUGCCCUUCAAUUUGACAAAGCUAUCAAUUCUGCAUUGGCACAACAGGUCAGAAACAGAGUCAAUAUCAGGGGCUCCCUGCACACAUACAGAUUUUGUGACAACCUUUGGUCAUUUGUACUGAAUGAUGUUGAAUUCAGAGAGGUCACCGAGCUUGUGGAAGUGGAUAAAGUGAAAAUAGUAGCCUGUGUUGGGAAAAAUAGUGGUUCCAAUGCUGCAGAGUAAAGAGGAAG